AUGGUGCAUGCGCAUGCGCACCGGGACCGUGUGCCCCAUUUGAAGGGUCGAAGCCCGGAUAAUGAUGCGGUGACAGUGGUCUAUGUGACAAUGAGUGCGGAUUUUGAUGGUCCUGUUGGAGGCUAUGUCACGGGAAGCAAGACUUCCUCAGAAAGCAGCAAGAACACAGCUGUUGGUAUCGGCGCUCCUGUUAAGGCAUCGAAAUCGUCCUCGACAGCAAAAGAGACCGAGACGGCCGAGACCACUGAGGCAGCAGCAACACAGACAAAGGCUGAGACUCAUGCUACCGCCACGAAGACUGCUGAGACCGCUGAGACCGAAAUCACAACGGCACCCCAGCCAACAACCACCGAGGCGACCAAAGAGACGCAAAGCACGAGCCAAGAUGAGACUACAUCGGCAAAUAGGACUACCUUUCAGACCAGUACUUCGUCUGCUAUGUCUUCGGACUCAUCUUCCGUAUCCUCCCAAGGCAAGGCGGGACUGGAAAGCUCGGAUGUCACUGGGUCUUCUGCGUCGGCAUCCGCAACUGCAGUUUCGGGAUCAGAAGGGCUCUCUGGAGGUGCGAAAGCCGGCAUUGCUAUCGGUGUGAUAUUGGCGGUCGGCUUGGUUGCAGGUCUCGUCCUUCUCUGGGUGCGAAAGAAGAAACAGGAACAGAAAAUUCAAAAGGAAGUAGCCGAAGAUGAGAAGUUCUGGGGUUCAGAUCCUGUCGCGCCACCACCUCCUCCUCCGAAGCCCGAGCCGAAGAGUUCCCUGGAACCACCUCAACUCCAAGUCCGUCCAGUCACACAGUUUGCGCCAUUCGCAUCAGAAUUCAGUGCUGGUGCUGGCUCUGGGGGCCCCUCUACGGUUGCUGCCGACGCUGCCGUCGCCUCCGGAGCAGUCGUUGCUUCAGGUGCAGCUGGCACACGUAACCUGACUGGAAAUACCUCGCCGGUUCACACACCACAAUCAAGUACCGCUAGUGCAAACCCCUUCAACGAUCCAAUCAAUCCAUUCAAUCACCCUUCCGAGGUCUCCCCGCCUUCUACGUCCCACGGCUCCGUUACACAGCUUGGCUCCGUCCCAGAAGAAUCUGCGGCUGCUGAUCCCGCUGCAGAAACAGCCACGGCAACCGGAAUCGCUGUGACUGGUGUUGUAGCUGGUGCUGCUGUGGCCGCGGUUGCAGCCUCCAGCGCGUCAGAUAAGGAGUUGCCCAUUCGUCCUGAAAGUUCUAUAUCCAGCGUCUCAUCUGAAUCCAAUUCCACCAAUACUGGCCCAGAUGGUCCUUCUAAUGCCAAUGCGGCCCCGGCUUCAGCUGCCCCUGCUGUCUCUCCUGUUCAUUCAACUGAAGCGGCUGGACCAGUUCCAGUUCCGGUUCCAGUUCCAGUUCCCGCUUCUGCUCCUGCUCCUGCUCCUGCCCCAUCCAAUGUGCAUCGCGUGCACUUGGAUUUUGCCCCUUCAAUGGCCGAUGAACUGGAGCUACAUGCUGGGGAUCUCGUCAGACUCCUGCACGAGUACGACGAUGGAUGGGCUCUUUGUACUCGUAUGGACCGCUCUCAACAAGGUGUUGUCCCUCGCUCAUGUCUUUCCUCGCGUCCUUUGAUGCCCCGGAUGGGCCCGCCCCCGGGUGCUGCCCCUGGACCCCGAGGCCCUAAUAGCCCCAUGCCGGCUGGAAACAUGAUGCCGGCUGGAAACAUGAUGCCGAUGCCACGCUUUUAUCCUCAAGAAGGUCGUCCAAUGUCACCGGCUCGCCCAAUGUCACCGGCUCGCCCAAUGUCACCGGCUCGCCCAAUGUCGCCGGCUCGUCCGAUGUCGCCGGCUCGUCCGAUGUCGCCAGCCCGCCCAAUGCCUCCCGCUCACCCUGGUUACGCCGGUCCUCCGCAGCCGCAGCCGUAUACUCAGCGUCCUAUGUCUCCGGCGCAGUUCCCACAACCUCCAAGAUCUUUCUCUCCCGGUCCCGGUCCGAUGGUUCCUAGGUCUCUGAGCCCUGGGCCCUACGGACCCCCAGGAAUGCAAGGUCCCCGCAUGCCAGUCAACCAACGGAUGCGUAGCAACAGCACAGGAGGUGUGGCUGGAGCGAACGCUCGAAUGACAGGACUAUCCGGACCGAGUCCUCUCGGAACUCCGCUCGGCCCAACUUCCAUGCAUCUAGCAUCCCUGCAUCCAUCAGUCAACGCUGCACCAGCUUCGGCCACCAUUGAGACAGUCGCCCCUGAACAUAGCCAUGAGUGA